AAAGACUUAAUCAAGUUGCAGCCCAAAUCACUUUCAGUGGCAGCAUCCUCCUGGUGUCUUAACAUAAUGAACGACCCCGUGUUUUCUAACACUUUGGAGGAAAAACUUAAUUAGAGAAAAACUUUACCACCAGCUAAGACAUCUAUGAGACUAUAAACCUUUAAAAGCUGGGGGAGUUUUCUUUUCUUUUUUUUCCCCUCCUGAUCUGAGUUUUUGGGAGGAGGCUGUUGGCCCUUAGCGUCAUUCCAAGGGAGCUGCAGUUGAAUGUGGACUUCCCCAAACUUGAAUCAUUGGAGUUGGUUCAGUCACUGGGGGCAGCGUGACUCUGGCGUUUGGGAAUAUCGCGCAUGAUAAUAACGGAGCGGCGCUCCUUCUCUGUGUUGGGGAUAUUUAUUCUACGGCGUUUGUUAAGUAUGAAUUACAGGCAGGGGGAGAUGGAUUGGCGGUGGACAGUUUUGACACUGUUCUUAAACUUCCAGUUCACUCACGGGUCUCCCUCUUCCUACGACUUGUUCCAAGGGUCUGCAUACACUGGAGUGGUACACAGACACAGAAACAGGAACUGGUGCGCCUAUGUGGUGCACAAGAACGUGAGCUGCGCCGUGCAGGGGAGUGUGGAGAGCUUCCAGGAGCCCGUGGUGGCCCCCUGCCCAGCCUACCAGCCCCACUGCCAGCAACAAGUGACAUAUCAAACUCGGUUUCGACCCACAUACAAGAUUGCCUACAAGACAGUCACAGAGUUAGAGUGGAGAUGCUGUCCUGGUUACCAAGGUCCGAACUGUAAAGAUUUAAAACCACCCCCGGAUCGACAAACAGUGCAGGGAACACAGCCUUACCUCCCACCAAAUCCUGGACAUACAAGCAGACACACACAGAGGCCAGAGCGGAGAGAGACAGGGCAUCAUGAGACGAGGCAUGGUGGGACAGAUAAGGUGCGUCUUCUGGAAGGUGAAGUUCAGCGCCUCUCUCAGACAGUCCUGGAUCUCCAAUCUGCUUUAACAGGGUUAACUUCCAACCUCCGCACUGACCUGCAGGAAGACACAAAGAAGAUGCUGGUGACACUUCUUAACAACAUCCAUCCACCAGACAGUGCUACGACCGCAGGCACAGAGGAGAGCCCAGCAGUGCUAGAUGGUCAUCAGGCUACCAAAGGUGGGAUUGCUGGAGACAAGGCCUUAGAGAAAAUAGUGGCCCGGUUGGAUGAUAUCAACAAUGCACUUAAAAGCAAGGAUGAAGCUUUGGAAGACCUACGAGGAACCAUGACAAGUCAUGAGGGGCAGAUACGUGUCCUGAUGGAUGCCUCUCAAUCCCAGACCCCAGCCAUAGCAGAGUUUGAUGUUAUACAAACCUAUAUUGAUGGAAAAUUUGAGAAGCUCAAGAAGGAGCUAGACCAGAAUGUGGAGGAACAGAUGGCCAAGCUACAAAACUCAUGCAACGACAAGAUCCAGAACUUGCAGAAGACCUGUGAAGACAGCCGUGACAUAGGUUUGGUCAGCCUGACCAAGCUAGUGGACAAUAAGGAGGCAGACCUGAGAAAAGAGAUCCGGGCAUUACGUCUGGACAUGGUUGCCGCAGAUGGACCUAUACGAACUCAAAGGCAGACAGAUCCAUCCAAAGAGGAAGAGGAUCGUAGUGACCACAAAGACCUGUGGCGUGAGAUUGAUCGUAUUGCAGAGGCUCACCGCAUCCUGAAUGUCCGCAUUGACAAUGAGCUAGCACACCUGUCUGAAACUCAGGAAGACACUGAUUUGGGCAUACUGAUUGAGGAGCUGGAAGCACGUGUAAAUGUCACAGAACUAAAUGCAGAGACUCACUGUUUCUACAUUGAAGAGAAGCUGACCCGUACAAUUGCGGACGAAGUGGCAGCACUUCGGCAGCUUCUGGAUGAGCGUCUGAACAGCAUGGAGGACCACUUUACGAACAUGCUGGUGGAAAUGAGCAACAGUUCAUUCCCAGGGAUGUUUGGUGACUCCAUGGAUGCCAUCCAAGCAGAAGUCAACAACAACAAGUUCCUCCUCCAAGGUUUGGAUGAGAAGAUCAAUGCUGUGGGAGAGUUGUGCUCUGCAGGAUGUUCGGGCUCAGGAAUUACUGUAGGUCCAGAGAGUUCAUCACUUACACUUAACGGCCUAGAAAAUAUUUUGAAGGACCUGAGCAGGUAUAGGAACGACUUGGACAUUCUUCACACAGAUGUCAGAGACAACACAGACAAGCUCAGGCAACUGGAGGACCUUGUUGAAAGGCAGUCAGUCGGGACUGAGAGACGUGCCAAGACGAUGGAGGAUUUCCAGAAAGGAUUAAUUAAUCUCCAAGAUAAUGUGCUUGGCCUGGCUGGUGCUGUUACAGGGUUAAGUGACUCCUUAAGCAAAUACAACCAGGAUAUGUAUAAUAUAAACUCAACAUGCUGCCAUGCAGAACAGAGAGGCACUGGGAGUCCAGCAUGGGACACCCGGGCGUCAGUCAUUGCAGUACCCAGUAGUCAGGCAGACGACACCGCACGUCAGGUGGAGGAGCUGAAGAACAGGCUUGAUAUGCUAAGUAAACAGGUGUCAUCUGAACUGAGUCAAUGUAAACAGAACACACAGGGUGUUUCUGAUGGCAUUUCUGCUGUGGAUGGACGAGUGACCAGACUUGAAAAAGUGUGUGGAAGGUUAGAUGGGGUUUCUGCCAACAUCAAAGAGCUGAAGGAUGGGCUGGAAAGACAUGUUGGCGGUCUUCGGGACUGUGUUUACAGGAUGAAUAUAACCUGUGGAAAUCAUGCUGCAGACAUCAUCACACUGCAGAAUUCCUUGCAGAAAUUCCAGGUACAACUGUCUGCGAUGGCCAAACAUGUUUUGAAAGAUGUCACUGCCAAAGAGCCAGGAAUGACCUUAAGACCAGAGAGGCCUGCUUCUUUGCCAGAUUCAACUCAGACUAGAACCAGAAUAAAACAAAUCCAGAUCCCUCUAAUCAUCCCACCGCCGCCAUCCAGCCCCAGGCAGCCUUACAAUCCCAGCCAACCAGUGCAGCCCAACAUGCACACAAUCAAGAUCAGUCCACCGAUGCAGCCGUCCAGGCCCCAGCAGCCAGGCCACUCCGCUCUGCCCCUGGAUCCCAUUAGGCAGGUUGUGGAGACAGGCGAGGCAGGACCUCCAGGCUACGUCCGCAGGGUGACUGUGCGGAGAGGCUCUGAACACUCGUCUGGCAUGCCUGUCAAAGGGUUUGCUGGAGCACCAGGCUACCCCCCUCCGCAGCCCGUGUCUUUCAAGCCUCCAUCAACCAGCCGCCGAGUUCCCAUAGCAGCAGAGGUGCCAUGGAACCCGAUGUAUCAAGCCCCAGUUGAAUCACCAGUUUCGGUAGACAACAGUGCCCUGGCAGACCCCUUCUCCUUCUCGGCUGGCCUCACACAGCAGCCCUUCUCUGGAGAUUUUGGCAUCAUUCGCUUCAACAGGGUCCUAGUCAAUGACGGCGGACACUACAAUCCCCACACAGGGAUCUUUACUGUACCACUGGAUGGCCGGUACCUGAUAUCAGGCCUGCUAACUGCAAAGCAGGGUGACCGUGUGGAGGCUGUCCUAUCCGUGUCCAACCGCAGCGUCCAGAGGCUGCGGAGCUCGGCAGGGACCGUAGUGAGUCAACACGGGGGCUCGGCCAGUGGUAGCUGCGGCGGCUCGGUGUCCUUCAGUCUGAUCCUGCCCCUGAGGAAGGGAGACCGCGUGGGUCUGGUGAGGACGGAAGGCCAGCUGGCCACCACCGAGGCCAGAGAGAUCCUCUCCACCUACAGUGCCAUCUUCCUGUAUGCACCACAGGCCAAAAGAUAGCUGGAACUCACGUGGACACAGAGAGCAAGGACUAGUUUGUUCCCAGAUAGUUGGACUGGAAGAAAUGUUGAAGAGGCCAUAGUUUCCACUGAUUUGCUGUGAUGCAGCCGUUUUACCACACAGUGCCACUGUGUGAAGAUCCUCAGUUAUAAAUUCAGUAGUCAUUUCAUUGCAAUUUGUAAGCCAUUUGCCUAAAGAUACCUGAAUACAAGAAGUAGGAUUUGUUCCUAAUAUAUUUGAUUAUCAAGUUGCCUUUUUGUAGCUAUUGUGAAUGUCUUGUGUAAAAGUGUUUAUAAAUUAACAUUAAAAUUCAUAAAAUGUAA